AUGUCAACGAAGAGACAAAAUUAAAAAGAGAAGUAAAAGAAUAUGCCAACAAUUAUAGAGCAUAAUAUUCGUACAAUUAUUUAAAUUGAUAGUGGUAGCUGAUAUUCCUAAAAUGGUUUCUAGUGAAGGUACUUUUCAAAGUCAUUUUAGUUGUAGACAAUCAGAAACAAUUUUAAAAUGAUUUCUCAAAGCUAAAAAACGAGAAUUAUGUUUUAGAAGUAAUAUAUUAUCAAUAAUGAAAGAGAGAAUUUAACUUUGAGUAAAUAGAGCAAUUCACAUAAUUUAACAACAACAGCUUAAUGGAUAACAAUUAUCCCUCCAAGCUUAUAGAUUUGACUCUUUAGCGAGAUUGUAAAAAGAUAUAAAAAUAGAAUGUUUAAACUAAACAAAUAAAUGACUUUCAAUAAUUACAAGAAAUUUAGAAUCCAAACUAAUUAGAAAGGAAAAUAACCUCAAAGUAAUCUAAAGAGGCUAAGUCAUAAAAUAUAUUAAAUGAGGAAAUUAAAAACUUUGAAGAAAGGAUUGUGAAAUAUACAUCAGAAGUCAAUCAAGAAAUAAAGUUGAUUCCUAAGCUUUCAGAAGAAUGGAAGAAGAAGUUUACAUUCAUAAAAAAAAAGAAAUGA